AUGUCUGAUGCAGAUUUCGAGACGAUCCAGCGGCUCCAGCAGGAGCGCAACGCUGCGGCGGCUGCCAUGAAAAGCUCCCGCGCGUUGGCAGCCUCAAAUCAACGCAAUGACUCGACGAAGCAGAAGCUCACCGACAGCGCCGAUAAUGACCUGUACGACCGACAAGCCGACAAGUUUGCAGGAUACCACACAUCUCUGCCCAUGGGAGAUGACGAUGAGAUGGAGGAUGGAGACAACACGCGUAGGCUCGUUGGUCAAUACACGGCUUCCCGCGAAAUCAUUGACGAGUUUGCCCGCGGCGAUGGCGUUGAGGAAGACGAUAUUCUUGCUGGCAAAGGCGAGAAGAGCAACCGCAUCACAGAUCGUGAGACCGAUUAUCAGAAGCGAAGGUUCAAUCGUGUGCUUACGCCGACUCGAGCCGAUCCUUUUGCUCAGAACAGACAGGCUGGUGCCGCAGAGGAUGGGACCAACUACCGAGAGAUCAUGGAGAUCCGUGAGCUUGAGCGUGAGGAGGAGCGUGUAAUACGAGCUAUCCAGUCAAAGUCGGCUAAUGGCGAUAAUGAUGAUGAACCCAAGCCGACACUCGUCGAUCACGACAAGGAAAACGCAGAGGCAGGCUCCACGGAAGCGGUCACGUCGGUGCGCAAGCGAAAGAAGAGAUGGGACGUAUCUUCGACGCCUGCUGAAGAAGAAGAAUCCAAGGAAGAGAAUGGGGCGGCGGAAAAGCCUAAGCGGUCUCGAUGGGAUCAGACACCGGCUGUUUCUGGCCCCGGUGCCAUGGAAGCUCCCAAGACCAAACGCUCGCGAUGGGAUCAAGCGCCAUCCGCAACCCCGAUGGGCAACCAGGGACUAGCAACUCCCAUGCAUCAGCCGCAGACAGUUGCAAUGCCUACAACCUUUGGCACUGAUAUUUCUGGACGAAACAUGCCCUUGAGCGAUGAGGAGCUUGAUCUACUCUUGCCUGGCGAGAAUGAAGGAUACAAGGUCCUGGAACCCCCUCCUGGAUAUGAACCUGUUCGGGCCCCAACUCACAAAAUGAUGGCGACUCCCGCGCCCCAGACCGGCUUCACGAUGCAGGACCCUGACCAAGUUGGACUAGGCGGAAAGCCAAUGCCGGCAGAAAUUCCGGGAGUCGGAGACCUACAGUUCUUUAAGCCCGAAGACAUGGCUUACUUUGGCAAGCUAACAGAUGGCUCUGAUGAAAACGCCCUGAGCGUCGAUGAGCUGAAAGAGCGAAAGAUUAUGAGACUACUUCUCAAGAUCAAGAACGGAACCCCGCCUAUGCGAAAGACGGCUCUUCGACAGAUUACGGAUAACGCAAGACAGUUUGGUGCCGGUGCCCUCUUUGACCAGAUUCUCCCUCUUCUGAUGGAAAAGACGCUGGAGGAUCAGGAACGCCAUCUGCUUGUCAAAGUCAUUGACAGAAUCCUCUACAAGCUGGACGACUUGGUCCGCCCAUAUGUACACAAGAUUCUCGUUGUUAUCGAACCGUUGCUGAUUGAUCAAGACUACUACGCUCGAGUCGAGGGUCGUGAGAUUAUUUCCAAUCUUAGCAAAGCCGCAGGUCUCGCCACCAUGAUCAGCACAAUGCGGCCCGAUAUCGACCAUGUCGACGAGUAUGUUCGAAACACUACCGCCAGAGCAUUCGCGGUUGUGGCAUCCGCCCUCGGCAUUCCCGCUUUACUACCUUUCCUCAGAGCUGUCUGCCGAAGCAAAAAAUCAUGGCAAGCCAGGCAUACCGGUGUCAAGAUUGUGCAACAGAUUCCCAUCCUGAUGGGGUGUGCAGUUCUCCCCCAUUUGAAAGGCCUAGUCGACUGUAUCGCACCCAAUCUUAGUGAUGACCAGACCAAGGUCAGGACAGUCACUAGUUUGGCCAUUGCAGCUCUUGCAGAAGCCUCCAACCCCUAUGGUAUCGAGAGUUUCGACGACAUCCUGAACCCGCUGUGGACUGGUGCUCGCAAACAGCGAGGAAAGGGACUGGCUGGUUUUCUCAAAGCUGUGGGAUACAUCAUUCCUCUCAUGGACGAAGAGUACGCAAACUACUAUACCAGCCAGAUUAUGGAGAUUCUACUGCGAGAGUUUUCCUCCCCUGAUGAAGAGAUGAAGAAGGUGGUCUUGAAGGUGGUAUCUCAAUGUGCAGGUACAGAAGGAGUAACGGCCGGCUACCUAAAGGAGCACGUUUUGGAUGAGUUUUUCAAGAGUUUUUGGGUACGACGAAUGGCUCUGGACAAGAGGAACUAUAGACAAGUUGUGGAAACCACUGUCGACAUUGGCCAGAAAGUGGGUGUGAGUGAGAUUAUCGAGAGAAUCGUCAACAAUCUCAAGGAUGAAAGCGAGGCCUACCGAAAGAUGACUGUCGAGACUGUCGAAAAGAUUGUAGCCAGUCUGGGUGCUGCAGACAUUGGCGAGCGACUUGAGGAACGUCUGAUUGAUGGAAUUCUCCAUGCCUUCCAAGAACAAAGCGUUGAGGAUAUCGUAAUGCUCAAUGGUUUCGGCUCCGUUGUUAACGCUCUAGGAGCGCGCUGCAAACCAUACCUACCACAAAUCGUCAGCACAAUCCUGUGGAGAUUGAACAACAAGUCAGCUACCGUUCGUCAGCAAGCGGCGGAUCUGAUUUCUCGAAUCGCAAUGGUGAUGAAGCAGUGCGGAGAAGAUGCUCUCAUGGGUAAAUUGGGAGUUGUGCUGUACGAGUACCUCGGAGAAGAAUAUCCCGAGGUUCUGGGAUCGAUCCUGGGAGCCCUACGAUCUAUUGUCACUGUUGUGGGUAUUUCUCAGAUGCAGCCUCCCAUCAAGGACUUGCUCCCUCGCUUGACCCCUAUUCUACGAAACAGACACGAAAAGGUGCAGGAAAACACCAUUGAUCUGGUUGGACGUAUUGCCGACCGUGGCCCUGAGAGUGUCAAUGCUCGAGAGUGGAUGAGAAUAUGCUUUGAGCUUCUUGACAUGCUCAAGGCGCACAAAAAGGGAAUUCGAAGAGCGGCAAACAACACAUUCGGUUUCAUUGCCAAGGCCAUUGGUCCCCAGGACGUCUUGGCUACGCUGCUGAACAACUUGAGAGUGCAAGAGAGACAGUCUCGUGUCAACACCGCCGUUGCUAUUGGUAUCGUCGCCGAAACUUGUGCUCCUUUCACCGUCCUUCCAGCUCUGAUGAACGAAUAUCGUGUGCCGGAGCUCAACGUCCAAAACGGUGUGCUCAAAUCUCUAUCCUUCUUAUUCGAGUAUAUUGGUGAAAUGGCAAAGGAUUACGUCUAUGCUGUUACACCCCUACUCGAAGAUGCUCUUACCGAUCGAGAUCAGGUUCACCGACAGACUGCCGCCUCAGUUGUCAAGCACAUUGCUCUCGGAGUGGUUGGCCUUGGCUGUGAAGAUGCCAUGAUUCACCUGCUCAACUUACUCUAUCCUAAUCUAUUCGAGACUAGCCCCCACGUCAUUGACCGCAUCAUCGAAGCUAUCGAGGCCAUUCGUGUUGCCGCGGGUCCUGGCUUGGUGAUGAACUACGUAUGGGCUGGACUCUUCCAUCCCGCGAGAAAGGUGCGGACACCUUAUUGGAGGCUGUACAACGAUGCCUACGUAGCGGCUGCCGAUUCCAUGGUCCCAUAUUAUCCUAACCUGGACGAUGAAACUCUGGAUCGACCAGAACUGGCCAUUAUCCUGUAG